AACUUUGAUUUUGAUUAGUUUUACUCGUUUUAGCCUAAGCCUACAGUUUGCUUUUCCCCUUCAUUUCUUUGUUGCUGUUCUGCUUCAGCUCCUUGUAGCUGUUCGACUUCGCUCCGGCGUUCCCUUCCCGUUGGAUCGGAUGUUACGACAUUUUGAUCGGAAGCAAAGACGGGAGCUCGCUCGCUGUGAAGUAACUUUCUCCCUUUUCGCGCGUUUCUUCAGUCAAAUCCCGUAAAUCCGCCGAAUAGAGGAUUUCAGAAAUCCGGGAUUUACCACGAAAAGGGGUUUUGAUUUACCGUGAGAUUUGGUUUUGCAUUUUAGGCCGUUUGGCUGGAUUUCGCUCAAAUCCGGCAAUCCUGCUACCAAACAGCCCCUAAGCGCAAGUGUGGUAAAGGUUUUGUUGGACUUUAGAAGUGCUUUGCCGAUUUAAUGGUCAAGUUAGAAGAUUGUACAGAUAAUGGAGUUUCUCCAAAUGGUGAGGCUGGUGUUAAUUCUUCGAUUGGUGCUAGUUCUUCUGGAUCGAUACCAUGCUCUGUGCCUGUUGUAGUGAAGGAGGUAAUGGAAAGUCUUCCAAGCUCUUCUACCUGUCAUUUCAAAUCAUAUCUUGUUGGAAUGGGGUUUUCAUCGAUUCUUGUUGACAAAGUGAUUGAAGAAAAUGGGGAGGAUGAUGUAAAUAUUCUAUUGGAAGCCCUUCUUGCUCAGUCCGUUCAUUCAAAAUCAAGUCCAGCUUCAGUUUCUUUGUCUGAAUAUUCUUGUACUAAUGAAGAUGCUGAAAGUUCUCCUUUUGAGUUUAUAUCAGAUGAUAAUCAAGAUAAGGAGGAUGAUGAUGCAACUUCGCAUGUUGAUAUGGAUAAGAAAUCUUCUUUAUUGAUGAUGGAUUUUACGGAGGAAGAGAUAGAUUUGGCUACAACUCGCCUUGGUAUGCAGCACUUUCUUAUGCUCCUGUGACUCGGCUUAGAAGAGAUGGAUUUUGUUAAA